AUGGGUAAAAGAAGGUCGUACAGCAGAAGCUCCAGCCGUAGCCGAAGCCGGAGCCGGAGCCGGAGCCGGAGCCGGAGUCGAAGUCCCUAUCAGAAUGAAUUCAGAGUUCAUGUGGCAGAUCUGGGAAUUGAACCCUCUCGACGGGAACUCAUCAAACAGUUUGAGAAAUUUGGCAAAAUCACUGAUAUCUGGGUUGCCAAAAACCCACCUUGUUUUGCUUUCAUUGUGUACAGACGCAAAAAGGAAGCUGACAUGGCUAUAAAGGAGAUGAAUGGGCAGGUGCUUUCUGGUGGAAGGAUACGUGUAACCUAUGCCCGUCCUAGAACACGGGGAAGAAAGCGGCAGAGUUUUGAUCCUUCCUUAAGGUGUUACCAGUGUGGUGAGAAGGGUCACUUUUCACGAGAUUGCAAUGACAUCUGGGGUAGCAAGUGGCGCUACAGCAAAAGGUCAUAUUCAAGGUCACGGAGCCGGUCUGCUUCAAGACGAUCAAAGCGUCGGCGUUCACGAAGCCAUGGUCGUAGACGUCGUAGCAGAAGUCCUAGCAGUCGCAGUAAUAGUAGGAGUACUAGCAGAGAGAGUAGGAGACAAAAUAGCCGUAGUCCAGAGAGGAGAAGUCGUAGUCAUGAGGGAAGGAGCCAUAGUCAUGACAGAAGGAGCCGUAGUAGAGGUCAAGGGCGCAGAAGUAAGGACCGAAGCAGUCGUGGUAACAACUUGAAGAAGGAUCGGAGAAGCUGUAGCGAGGAUCGCAAAAGCCGUAGUGAGGAUCACAAAAGCAAUAGUAAUGACCGUAAAACCAACAGCAAAAACCGUAAAAGUAAUAGCAAAGACCGUAAGAUGCAGAGCAAAGACCACAGGAGUCACAGCAGUGACCGCAAAAACCAUAGCAAGGACCAAAGGAGCUGCAGCAAAGAGCGAAUGAGCCACAGCAAGAAUCGUAAGAGUGAUAACAAGGACAGCAAAAAGUACAGCAAACAUCGCAGAAGCAGGGACGGAAGGAGUCGUAGUAGAGACCAUAAUAGCCGCAGCAGAAGCCGAAGCAGAAGCCGCAGUUGUAGCGAGGAAAGAAGUUCAGCUAUAAAGAAUAGUGAAAGUUCGAGAAAUGACAAGACAAAGUCAGGAAAUGCAGAACUUAAAGAGAACAAUCAUGACGGCAGUGCCAUUGGUGACAUGAAGAACUGUGUCCAGGCAGAAGAUACCACAUCCAGUUCUGUGACCAAAGCACAAACGGCUUCUAAGUGGUCCUUAGUUCCUGAUUAUCAGGACAUGGACACUGCUGAUGAUACAAUCACAAGUCAAUCUAAACCUGAAUCAGGCAUUGGUCCAAAGUUAUCAGCCAACAUCCAACCUGUCCUUGAUUCUGAUACAGUUCUUCGCACGGCAGCUGAUGCCUGUCCUACUGUGGCAACUCUCCAAUUCAGUCCUGAUGCAGAUGUGAAAGGCAGCAGUUAGAUACACAUGAAAUUCUCAUGAACCAGUGUUUGAAGGAUUUGGAAUAACAUUAAGAAAAGGAAGAGUUUGUUCUGACCAGUGUUUGUGAGGGAAGCCAUUAGGUCAUAUUGCAUCUUGCAUUGUGCAUGACCAGUUGUCACUGCACACUGAUGUAUUAUUCGCUACAAGUGAUAUUUGUGGUCCAAACUUCAGGACCUGCUCAUCUCGUUGUUUGGCGGUGGACAUAGCAGUCUUACGCUAUAUGACCUUGUGAGAUUUGGGCCAGGCCAAUUUUAAAAUUGUUAUUUCUGAUGUAACAAAAUAUUGCUGGACAACGUAAAUCCUGGGGAAGGUAUUGCACAAAAAUAACAGAGUGGAGUGUAUGAAAAUGAGUGAUUAAAAUUUUGACUUAAGUCUAAGAUCGCUUGAGGCAGAGGCCAGUUGUUCACUAGUGUACAUGUUUGAAGAGUUCAACUUGUCUGGAUGUAUUCACUUAAGCCUGGACCAAAGUAGGCCUAUAACUAGGUCUUUAUUGAGACCAAACUGGUACCAACUAUUAAAUUAUGCCUGGCUUACUGGUAACUGUUAAGCCACUUUUGAACAAACAGAGCCUUCAUUCCAGAUGUAAAACUGAUAUAUUUGAUCUGUCUGAUUAUCCGUGUGCGAUCAUGGCCUCAGUGAUACAUGUAUCACCUAAAAUAAUUCGUUGUUACAAAUGUUACUCAUAUAAUAGUGCAAGAUUCUGUGUUUUAGGAUAUUAGUACACUGUAUGUGCAAUAGUUGUAGAAAUGGUGGGUGUAGUUCCAUUCAUCUCUGUUAUAGAUAUGAUAUGUCAAAUAAUGCCACAGAUUAUCAAGAUUGUGAUCUUAAUAUUCACUUGAUGUUAAUGCGAAUAGUGCAGUGUUUAUGCUCUUGUACCCAGCAGUAAGCAUUCCAAUUAUAGUGUGUACUUUUUCAAUUGCCUCUCUGCGAGGUUGAAUGCACAUGCAUCUGUGGGGUUACGUUUUGUGUGAGGGAUGUUUUACAGGUUUGAUCAUGAACUGUUGUCCAAAUGGUUGAACUGACUGCUUCAGUUUACAAAUUGAUGGGAAAUAAUGUUUUCACUUUCAAAUGUGGGCUCAUGAAUACAUUGGUACACAAAAGUCUAAAUCUUUUCGUCUUCUGCU